AUCCCGAGCAGCAGCAGCACGAACAGCAGCAGAGUCGGGCGGUGUUGCGGAUUCGGUGCCGGGGCGGGCGGCCCGGGCCCGGAGGAUGUUGAGCGGCGUGGGCUGCUUCUGGGUGCUGCUGUCCUCGUGCCUGGUGGCCGUCUGCAGCUUCAGCUUCCUCUCUCCCGCCUGGAUCGUGCAGGCCGCCUCCCCAAGGAACCGGGACCCCGCCACCAGCCUGGGCUUGCUCUGGCACUGCCCCGCCGGCCCCGACCUGCAGCCGGGCUGCUCCACCUUCGCGGGCCUGGGCAGCUUCGGCGAGAUCCCCUCCAGCUCCUGGCAGACUAGUGCCGUGUUGUGCUCUGGAGGUUGCGUCCUUUUGGCCAUCAGCUCUCUGCUGGCGAUUGUUACAGUGCUCCUUCCCGGUGGCCUGUGCGAGAGGAGGGUCUGCACGCUGGCUGGAUACAUGCAGAUGGCAGCAGUAUUCAUCAUGGCUGCUGGGCUUUUGGUUUAUCCUUUUGGUCUCAACUCUUCUACAGUGAAGAAGUACUGUGAGAAUGCUAACAUCUAUUAUGCUGGAGACUGUCAAAUUGGCUGGGGUUACAUGUUGGCCAUCGUUGGAGUUAUGUUGUCUGUAUUUUUACCCUUCUUUGCAAAAUAUGCACCAAAAGAGCACAUAUCUCCAACACCGAUACCUACUAUUUUAUAGUACUUUAUUAGUAUUUAAUGAAAAAAAUUCCUGCCUAAAAGCAACAGGCAGAAGGUAUUGUAGCACUUCCUUUUAGUUGUAUUGCUAAGUAAAACAAAAACGAAUUGGUCAGACACUCAAAGACCAAAACUGCAUUGGUAGUCUUCCAUCAGCAUGAGCAACUAAGCCUGGGAUUGAAGAUAAAUUAUAACAGCCUUUAUACUGUUCUAAUUAUAUAUGAUGGCUUAAUGCCUCAGACAAGUAUCUGUUUAUCCUCAAACAUCUGUCUACCUCCCAAACAGUUUCCUUUUUGUUUCAAACUUGGAAAACCUUUUAAAAAUACUAGUCAUUCUUAUGUUACUAAGUACUGGACAUUUUACAAACUCCGUUGUGAUUAAUCUAAUGAUCAUAUUUUGUUGUUUUUUAACAUAUAGGAGAAUCCUACUAAAAUUUUAGUGAUUUCUUCCCUAUUAGUGCUGACUCAACAUCUCGGAAUGAUAGCCUCUAUAACAAUUGGUAUUUAUCUGAAUUUUUUCUUUAAAAUUAUUUUGUAGUGGUCAAAUUCCAAAGUCCAGCAGGAGACUAAUCAAAUUAUAUAAUUUUAAGAAAUGGCUUAAGUGAAAAAGUGAAGGAUUUUUAAAAAAUGUAAUCUCCAGGAUAAAGACCAUUUGAAAAUAGACAAAGCCCUAAUAUUUAUGUUGAUAUCAGUCAAUCCCAAGAAAUCAUGAAAUUUCAUGCAGAUAUCACUUAUUUUUUGUAUGGAGUCAUUGAUUUAGUAUUGCUAAGAAGUCAAUUGAAAACACCAUUUGCCUUAACCAAAAUGUGAUUGGAUUCUAAGCAUCUUUACUCCAUUGCCACUCCUCUCAGCUCUUAGUGCAGUGCUUUGCACAUAGUAAGUGCUUAAGAGAUACUAUUAAAUGAAUGUGUUCCAUAGCUAAACACAUGCCAGUUUUAAAAUUCAUAUUCUAAUAGCAUGAUGUUUCAGAAACUAUUUUAAAAUUAAAUGGGAUGCUCACCAAAUUAAUCUUCCAGAUUGGGCAGAUCUCUUGUGACUUUAAUCCUAUCAACUCUGUUAUCAUUUUCAGUGAUUUGUCUGAUCCUUGUAAAUGGAUUUUUUUAAAUGAGGAAAAACCUCCUUGAAGGGAAAUGUUGGGGAAGUACAGGAAUAUUGGAACAGGAAGAACAAUCAUUUUGGAAUAAAGUAAUGGGUAUUGAAGAAUUUUACAAUUAUGUUAGUUUUCAGAUGCCUUCUAACAACUGAGGAACAACUUAUUUUUAAAAUGGCGUUAUGUAUCAUGAGUACACAGGAGCAUUUUAUUUGUUAAAACAUUAAUGAAGGUAAGUUUGAUUAGAAAAUGUUCUUAAGGAGAAUAUAUUACCCACACUGUGUAAGAUUGAAAAUAAUAUAAAUUAGAAAUAUACAAACAGGAUAUGUUCUACUCAAUAUAGUAUACAAAUGUUCUUUUUGAAGUUGCUGGGCUAGUUGGAAAGUUUCACAUGUAAUUAAGGCAGAAAAGAGUGAGAAAAUAGGACACAUAAAAGGAAAACUAUGGACCAGAUUCUUUUUUCUUUAUACCUGCAGGGAAAAAUUCAGAAAUCUGAACGAAAUAUUUUGAGUUGAAAAUGGAACUAACUAGUUUUUACAUUUUCUCUCAAAGUAAUUAUCUUGCCUUUAAACAGUUUGAGAAUAUGGGCCCAUAUUAUAACAGCAAAAAGGAUGAGAGAGUUGCUAACUUUUCUUUCCUAACCAACCUGUGCCUUUUCAGUAGAAACAAACCACACAGGAUCAGUAUUGAAAAUACGCUCAUCAACCACCGAAAAUAUUGUGCAAAUUAUGUAAUGUGUACUGUGGAUUGCCUCUGUCUUGUGUAAUGUUUACAACUGUUCACUGGGUGUUUUGCUAGAAAAAGUGAUUUGUUAGUGUAAAUCAGAAAGCAUACUUUACAAAAGAUCUAUCAUACUAAAAAUGAGAAACAUCAGAUGUUAAGACAAAUUGAAAUCCUUUGUAAACAGUUUUUGUAGUGUUCUUAUAUAAUAUUAUUGAACAAGCUACUUAAGAUAGUUUUAUUUAAAAUCCAGUCCAUUUUUAGAGAACCCAGGACUCCUGGAUAAAGCUAAUGCUUCCAGUUUGUUCAUCUUUUUUAUAAUUAAAUAUUUCAAAGCAAAUGAUCUGAAUUUAAGUACUUUAAAAUUUACUAACACUGAUAAAUCACUUUUAACAAAAAGUAUUUGUAAGUUAAUGUAAAUUGUUUCUUGUUUAAGAAAACAAAACCUAAUAGUUCAGGUUCAAAGUCAAGUUUUUUUCUAAAUCUAAUUUUUUUAAGUGUAACUAAAGGAUGUAUUUUCCAUUAAUGUGUUUCUGCAUUAACUAGCCAGCCUCUUUUUAGGAUAUUAACUGUUUUCUGUACUUG